AUGCAAAGCCUUGAAAUUCAAUUAAAAAGACCAGAUCGUACUUACUUCUCCGGAGAGAAAGUUCGAGGAGUUGUAAAGAUUAAUGCUAAACCUGGCGGAUUUAAAUCAUCAGCUAUUAAUUUACAAGUAGAAGGAAUAGUAACAUUUCAAUAUAAUGGAACAAGCAAUUUAAAUAUAUUUGAUGUGGUAAUGAAUUCAUUCAAACCAAUCAAAUUAUUAGAUCUACAAAUACAAUUGGAUAAAGUUGGACAGAAAUUUCCGAGUGGAAUUACUGAUAUUCCUUUUGAAUUUGUGUUGCAACCACUCAACAAGAAAAUUCCACUCUAUGAAACCUAUGCUGGUGUUUAUUUAGCAUGUCGCUACAAGAUAUCAUGUGAAGUUAAAAUGGGCUUGUUCAGCAAAGAUCAAAAAACUACUCUUGAUUUUACUGUUUAUAAUAGAGGACAAGGUGUUGCAAUUGCCAGAAAUUUAAUCAGUACUGCAUCAUCAGAAAAUUCUCCUUCUUCAGAAUCACAACAGGAUGAAACCUCUUCUCCAGGAACGAAUAUUGUAAUUCCAAAACAACCAAAACAUUUUACUCUCACUCCUCAGACUUUACAAAAUGUUCUUCGUCACAAUGUUUCUGGAAUACCUGAGUAUGAAAUUAAGGGAUACAUUGCUGAUACCAUUUGUGAUAUUACAGAGCCAUUCGAAGGAGAAAUUGAAAUUAUUAAAACUUCAUCAAGAAUUAAAUCAGUAGAGAUUCAACUCAUUAGAGUAGAAAGCUGCAGCGUAGAAGGAGGAAAUAUGAUUAAAGAAGCAACAGAAAUUCAGAAUUUGCAACUUGGGGAAGGAAAUGUGUGCAAAGGAUUGAAACUGCCCAUUUAUAUGGUUUUUCCAAGACUGUUCACAUGCCCAACAUUGAUUGGCAGUAAUUUCAGAAUUCAGUUUGAAGUGAAUUUGAUUGUAAUUUUUGCAGAUGGAUAUCAAAUCAUUGAGAAUUUCCCAAUCAUUCUUUAUCGCAAACAUGACGACAACAACAAGUAUACUAUUUAA